ACAACUAAGGGUAUUGAGCGUAUCUAGAAAUCCUUUCAAUGGCAUUCUUCCAGUUUCCAUUGGCAAUCUGUCCACUUCUCUUUAUACUCUCCAUGCAAGCCAUUGUGAAAUUAAAGGAAAUAUUCCUAAUGAGAUUAGCAAUUUAAACAAUUUGGCAUUCGUGGACCUUGAUCACAACGACAUAGAUGAAUUGAUUCCGCCAACAAUCAAAGAGUUGUGGAAACUUCAAAUUUUGCAUCUUGAACAAAACAAAAUACCAGGAUCUUUUCUGAGUGGUGUCUGCGAUUUAAGGAACGUGGGUUUUCUAGAUUUGAGCAAAAAUGAGUUUUCUAACUCUAUGCCAACAUGCUUAGAAAAUAUUACUUCUCUAAGAUAUCUCUAUCUGGAUUCCAACAAAUUAAAUUUCAGCAUACCCAUAAACCUAUGGAGACUCAAAGAUCUUUUGGAGUUGAACUUGUCUUCAAAUUCUUUAACUGGGUAUAUAACACCAGAAAUUGGAAAUCUAAAAGUUGUCACAACAAUAGAUCUCUCAAGGAAUUAG